CACUUCAGAGCAACGCCUGGUCUUAACUGUAGCUCUUUCAUCAAUCUCGCUCACCUGGAGGUGCGGAGAUCAUCCACACCAAACUACAGCCAGGUAAGAAGCACCAACAGCACGGAUGCAGCAGUUUCGGACCGAAGCUGAAGGAAUUUUGCCCAUGGAAGCGACUGUAGAGUCUCGCUGGUCGUCCUCGUCACUGAUACCAGGCGACGUGCUGCCCACUUACCCAUCUGACUCCAGCUUUGUAUCUCACACCGAAGACGAUUCGACUUUCUCCAGCAUAGAGGCCGAAUGUGGUGGCCUGCCUUCCCUCUUCUCCAACGCCAUCCAGAGCCGCGGCACAGCGACAUACAGACACAGUCCAGUGCGACAGGUGUACUCCUCUCCUUUUCUAAGUGGCCUGUCGUGGCUGGAGGGCUCCAGUGCUCACUCUCUGUCUAGCCCGUACCCAUCACCCCCUUCCUCCUGGCACAGCGGUACCUUCAGCAGGACCCCGGUGCUCCCCCACAGCUCCUCCACCACCUCUCCUUUCCAUCCCUCCAUCCCUCUGUCCUCCAUCAGAGCCCCUCGCUCUGAGCUCCACUCACCCGGCCUGGACUGCAAGGACAGUGUGAAAGGUGAGAGGGUCAGUCCUGCAGCAGGAGCUGAAGGUGUGGGGGGAGUUUAUACCAUCAACCAGGUCGCCAGUGGUGGUGUCUACCCACACGAUCACGGGCCGCCACAGGCGCACACACACACUCACACACAUUCUCUAGGACACUACAGCUCCUACAGCAACCCAGCUCAGGACUUCAGCAGCGUUGGCCUUUAUUCACCAUCUUCAUUCUCGCCGAAACUACGCAAGAUGAGUCUCUCUCCCACAGAAACGCGCGAGUGUGUAAACUGCGGAGCCACUGCUACCCCUCUGUGGAGGCGCGAUGGUACGGGCCACUACCUGUGCAAUGCCUGCGGACUGUACCACAAGAUGAACGGACAAAACAGACCUCUGAUCCGGCCUAGAAAGAGACUGGUUGUGAGUAAGAGGGCAGGGACUCAGUGUGCCAACUGCCAGACGAGCACCACCACACUGUGGAGACGGAACGCCAGCGGGGAACCUGUGUGCAAUGCCUGUGGGCUUUACUAUAAACUCCACAAUGUGAACAGACCCCUCACGAUGAAGAAGGACGGGAUUCAGACACGCAACCGCAAGGUGUCGAGUAAGAGCAGGAAGGGGAGGAGGAGCGCCGCUGUGGAGCUCGAUGCAUUCUCAGAGCCUUUGAAGGCCCCUGGGUCUGAGCAGCCUCUCGACACCUUUUCGCUGGGACCCUAUAGCCACCCUGCAGGCACCUCUGCUACGCUCCACGCCCCAUCUCACCUUUCCUACCCAUACCACCCUGCUGCUGCAGCCAUCUUCUCCGGCAUGGUGUAACAACGUUAAAUGGACGCUGAUGGAGUACUACACACUCGCACAAAGUGAAUUUGAUUGUUUCCAAGAGCUAAAAAAAACUUUUUUCUUUUUUUUUUAAAUAGCAUGCAUCAUGUUUCAUAUUCAUAUACAUGUGGAUAAUUACAAAAAGUAAUGAGUGUUCUAUUUUAUUAAUAAUAUUUGUACUUGAUGUAAAGCCAUUUCUUUCCUCUUCUUUUAUUCAUCGCCUGGGAGUCUUUACAGAUGCCGUUUACUGGCUGGUGUGAAUAAAUUGUACGAAUGAAUACACAUUUUUUUCUGUAAUUCAUCAUGCAAAUAAGUGCUCUGUGGUUUUUUCCCCUUUUUUUCAUUCACAGACAAAUCACUUUCAGGAUUGGACACAACAUAACCAAAUGCGCCAAUUUAAAUAAAACUGUGUUGCUGAACACGACUACAUUC